GGAGGAGUAGGAAGGGUCUCCACCAUCAUCGUGUGAAGAGGAGGAGGAGGAGGAGUAGGAAGGGUCUCCACCAUCAUCGCCAUCGCCCGUUCGGUGGCGCGGAGCUGCAGGGGACCGCGAGGGGGGGGCCGUGAGAUGUCGCACAGAGGGGACGCUCGGAGCGGAGACGGAGACACAACUAGGGGUGACGUUGAGCAGGAGCAGAAGGAGGAGGAGGUGGCCGCCGCCGUUCGUCCAACGGAGCCGUCGGUUAGCGGAGGAGAUGUUGAGGGAUGCUGGAGUGAGACGCGCGUGCAGGUGAAGGUGGAGAGACAGGAGGAGGAGGGGGACGACGAUGAGAGCGAUGCGGUGGAGCAUUCCCCGUCGUGGCCACCGACCGUCAAGCGAGAGGCUGGCGGACACGGGGCUGUGGCUGAGACACGGCCACACGUGAAGGUGGAGCCACAAGAGCCGCACGACGUUCCGGGAGCUCACGUUCAAAUUAAAGAAGAGGACCUCCUGGGUGAACAAUGUGACCUUCACAUUAAACAGGAGAAGGAGGAGGUUGUGGAGGUGGAGGUUGAGGGUGACGAUGAAGACGACGAAGAAGAAGAAGAGGAGGAGGAGGAGGAGGCUUUGGACGACCACGUGCGGCGCGACAAAUCCUUCCCAUGCCCCGGAGAGCCGUUGGCAUCAUGUCGGGAACUGGCGGCUUCGUCCGAUGUGGCGGAGAUCGAAGUGACCUUGGAAGAGGAGGACGGAAAUGGUGGUGCUGGUGGUGCGACACUGCCGGGAGGCGAGCGGCGGCAGGGGCGGCCCCCAGACGCAGUCCGCGGCAAGGCGCCCCUCGGCAAGAAGCUCCAAUUGCCAGCGCGGGGCAGCGGCAGCGGCAGCGGCAGCGGCAGCUGCGGUGGGGCACAAUUCCCGGCGGAGCCGAAGCGCCGCGCGGGGGCUCUCGCUGGCGACCGGCCUCACGUCUGCGGCGUCUGCGGCAGGGCCUUCGCCGCGUCGUCCAACCUCAGGAGCCACGCGCGGGUCCACACGGGAGACAGGCCGCACGAGUGCGCCGUGUGCGGCGCCGCUUUCGCCCGCCCGUGGGACCUCAGGGGCCACGCGAGGAUGCACACUGGCGAGCGGCCGCACGUCUGCGCCGUCUGCGGCAGGGGCUUCGCGCUGUCCUCGAACCUCAGGUGCCACGCGAGGAUCCACACGGGAGACAGGCCGCACGAGUGCCCCGCGUGCGGCAAGGGCUUCAUCCGCCCCUCGGCCCUGGCCAACCACGUGAGGACGCACACGGGAGAGAGGCCGCACGUAUGCCCGGAGUGCGGGAUGGCAUUCUUCCACGCCUACGUCCUCAGGAGCCACGCGAUAAUCCACACGGGGGAGCACCCGUUCCAGUGCCUGGUGUGCGGCAAGGCCUUCGCGCGCCCGUCCAAUCUCAGAAGCCACGCGAAGAUCCACGCGCGGGCGGGAGAGAAGCCCCCACAGGCGUCGUGAGUGCUGGGAAGGAUUUUUUUAGAUCUCAGAAACCACGCAAAGAUCAACACCUGGGUGGGGCGAAACCCCAAUAAGUGUCGUGAGUGCUGGGAAGGCUUUUUUUAGAUCUCAGAAACCACACAAAGAUCAGCACCUGGGUGGGGCGAAAUCCCAAUAAGUGUCAUGAGUGCUGGGAAGGCUUUUUUAGAUCUCAGAAACCACGCAAAGAUCAGCACCUGGGUGGGGCGAAACCUCAAUAAGUGUCGUGAGUGCUGGGAAGGCUUUUUUUAGAUCUCAGAAACCACGCAAAGAUCAGCACCUGGGUGGGGCGAAACCCCAAUAAGUGUCAUGAGUGCUGGGAAGGCUUUUUUUAGAUCUCAGAAACCACGCAAAGAUCAGCACCUGGGUGGGGCGAAAUCCCAAUAAGUGUCGUGAGUGCGGGGAAGGCUUUUUUUAGAUCUCAGAAACCACGCAAAGAUCAGCACCUGGGUGGGGCGAAAUCCCAAUAAGUGUCGUGAGUGCUGGGAAGGCUUUUUUUAGAUGUCAGAAACCACGCAGAGAUCAGCACCUGGGUGGGGCGAAAUCCCAAUAAGUGUCGUGAGUGCUGGGAAGGCUUUUUUUAGAUCUCAGAAACCACGCAAAGAUCAGCACCUGGGUGGGGCAAAACCCCAGUAAGUGUCGUGAGUGCUGGGAAGGUUCUUUUUUAGAUCUCAGAAACCACGCAAAGAUCAGCACCUGGGUGGGGCGAAACCUCAAUAAGUGUCGUGAGUGCUGGGAAGGCUUUUUUUAGAUCUCAAACCACGCAAAGAUCAGCACCUGGGUGGGGCGAAACCACAAUAAGUGACGUGAGUGCUGGGAAGGCUUUUUUUAGAUGUCAGAAACCACGCAAAGAUCAGCACCUGGGUGGGGCAAAACCCCAAUAAGUGUCGUGAGUGCUGGGAAGGCUUUUUUUAGAUCUCAGAAACCACGCAAAGAUCAGCACCUGGGUGGGGCGAAACCCCAAUAAGUGUCGUGAGUGCUGGGAAGGCUUUUUUUGGAUCUCAGAAACCACGCAAAGAUCAGCACCUGGGUGGGGCGAAACCUCAAUAAGUGUCGUGAGUGCUGGGAAGGCUUUUUUUAGAUCUCAGAAACCACACAAAGAUCAGCACCUGGGUGGGGCGAAUCCCAAAUAAGUGUCGUGAGUGCUGGGAAGGCUUUUUUUAGAUGUCAGAAACCACGCAGAGAUCAGCACCUGGGUGGGGCGAAAUCCCAAUAAGUGUCGUGAGUGCUGGGAAGGCUUUUUUUUGAUCUCAGAAACCACACAAAGAUCAGCACCUGGGUGGGGCAAAACACCAAUAAGUGACGUGAGUGCUGGGAAGGCUUUUUUUAGAUGUCAGAAACCACACAAAGAUCAGCACCUGGGUGGGGCAAAACCCCGAUAAGUGUCGUGAGUGCGGGGAAGGCUUUUUUUAGAUCUCAGAAACCACGCAGAGAUCAGCACCUGGGUGGGGCUAAACCCCAAUAAGUGUUGUGAGUGCUGGGAAGGCUUUUUUUAGAUCUCAGAAACCACGCAAAGAUCAGCACCUGGGUGGGGCGAAAUCCCAAUAAGUGUCGUGAGUGCUGGGAAGGCUUUUUUUAGAUGUCAGAAACCACACAAAGAUCAGCACCUGGGUGGGGCGAAUCCCCAAUAAGUGUCGUGAGUGCUGGGAAGGCUUUUUUUAGAUCUCAGAAACCACGCAAAGAUCAACACCUGGGUGGGGCAAAACCCCAAUAAGUGUCGUGAGUGCUGGGAAGGCUUUUUUUAGAUCUCAGAAACCACGCAAAGAUCAGCACCUGGGUGGGGCGAAAUCCCAAUAAGUGUCGUGAGUCCUGGGAAGGCUUUUUUUAGAUCUCAUAAACCACGCAAAGAUCAGCACCUGGGUGGGGCGAAAUCCCAAUAAGUGUCGUGAGUGCUGGGAAGGCUUUUUUUAGAUCUCAGAAACCACGCAAAGAUCAGCACCUGGGUGGGGCGAAACUCCAAUAAGUGUCGUGAGUGCUGGGAAGGCUUUUUUUAGAUCUCAGAAACCACGCAAAGAUCAGCACCUGGGUGGGGCGAAAUCCCAAUAAGUGACGUGAGUGCUGGGAAGGCUUUUUUUAGAUCUCAGAAACCACGCAAAGAUCAGCACCUGGGUGGGGCGAAACUCCAAUAAGUGUCGUGAGUGCUGGGAAGGCUUUUUUUAGAUGUCAGAAACCACACAAAGAUCAGCACCUGGGUGGGGCGAAACUCCAAUAAGUGUCGUGAGUGCUGGGAAGGCUUUUUCUUGAUCUCAGAAACCACACAAAGAUCAGCACCUGGGUGGGGCGAAACCCCAAUAAGUGUCGUGAGUGCUGGGAAGGCUUUUUUUAGAUCUCAGAAACCACACAAAGAUCAGCACCUGGGUGGGGCGAAACCCCAAUAAGUGUCGUGAGUGCUGGGAAGGCUUUUUUUAGAUCUCAGAAACCACGCAAAGAUCAGCACCUGGGUGGGGCGAAACCCCAAUAAGUGUCGUGAGUGCUGGGAAGGCUUUUUUUAGAUCUCAGAAACCACGCAAAGAUCAACACCUGGGUGGGGCUAAACCCCAAUAAGUGUCGUGAGUGCUGGGAAGGCUUUUUUCUUGAUCUCAGAAACCACGCAAUGAUCAACACCUGGGUGGGGCUAAACACCAAUAAGUGACGUGAGUGCGGGGAAGGCUUUUUUCUUGAUCUCAGAAACCACGCAAAGAUCAGCACCUGGGUGGGGCGAAACCCCAAUAAGUGUCGUGAGUGCGGGGAAGGUUCUUUUUAGAUCUCAGAAGCCACGCGAAUAUUAACACCCGGGCGGGAGAGAAGCCCUGCACAAGUGUUGUGAGUACCACAAGGCCUCUGUGCCCCCCGUGGGAUCUAUGAGAUACUACGUAGAUCUUUUUCAGAUGCGACCUGGAUGUCACAAAUUAUAGCUCAACAAAGUGGACAUUUAUAGCAGCAGGAAAAUACUCUAAAACGCACGUUUCUGUAUGUGGAGGGAAAACCUGUAGGACCCGGAGAAAAAUCCACGCGGGAGAACAUACAAACUACAAGAACACAGGCGUCAGGGUCGGGAUCGAACCCAUGAUCUCCAGUAUACAGGGCGAGGUAGUUGACAUCUCCUAGCCACGGCGUCACACUCAGAACACUGGUUGAACACAAGGUACAUGAGCUAAAUUAUUGAAAAAAAACUCGGAGCAGAUGUUUCAAGAUUCACAAAAUGCAAAUUGUAUAAAAACAAGUAUUAAAAAUAUUAGCACUACUUAAGAUGCACGAUUGUGUAAAUUGGAACACAUGGCAAAACUUAAUCAUUGUGAAUCAUGUAAACAUUUAACUGAACCAGAUAAGAAGGUACAAAUAAAAAUCAUAAGAGUAUUUCUUUCAUGAAAUAAUUACGAUUAUUUCAUGAAAUAAUUACGAUUAUUUCAUGAAGGUAUUGGCAUUAAUUUGAACGCAAAUAAAAUUGUCGCUUUAAUCAGCAUGGUAAUAAACUCACAUUUUGAAUAAAU